AUGGGGCUGGACGGCUCGUCCAGAUGGGGCCUUGUUUCUCCAGAGGUUGGUGGGGAUGAAGAGGGCUUGGUUUUGGAUGUGGUGGGGCAGGGGCAGUGCAGAGACCCCCUGUACGGCGCCUGGCAGCGCCGGGUGGACUGGCUGGCCGCCGCCAUCGGGAUGCCUGCGGAGCGGAGGUACCACAGCGUCCUGUUCGGAGGUGUCCUAGGCUCAGGCUUCUCCCUCCUGCAGUUCCUGUCCGCGCCCCUCACCGGGGCGGCCUCCGACUGCCUGGGGCGGCGGCCGGUGAUGCUACUGUCCCUGAUGGGGUUAGCCGCCUCCUAUGCUGUGUGGGCUGCUUCCCGAAGCUUCCUGGCCUUCCUGGCCUCCAGAGUGAUUGGAGGCCUCAGCAAAGGGAAUGUCAGCCUCUCCACAGCCAUCGUUGCUGACCUGGCCUUGCCUUCUGCCCGCAGCCAAGGCAUGGCAGUCAUCGGGGUGGCCUUUUCCCUGGCCUUCACACUGGGCCCCAUGCUUGGGGCCUCCUUGUCGGUGGAGAUGGUGCCCUGGCUCAGCCUGCUCUUCGCCCUCUCAGACCUGCUGUUCAUCUUCUGCUUCUUGCCGGAGACUCUGCCUCCAGAGAAGCGGGCCCCCUCUGUCGCCCUGGGCUUCCGCGCCGCGGCCAACCUGCUCAGCCCCCUGGCCCUGCUCCGCUUUUCAGCGGUCGCACACGGCCAGGCUGCGCUCCCUGGAAAUAAACUCAGCAGCCUGCGCCAGCUGGGCCUGGUCUACUUCCUGUACCUCUUCCUGUUCUCGGGUCUGGAGUACACGCUGAGCUUCCUGGCUCACCAGCGUUUCCAGUUCAGCAGCCUGCAGCAGGGCAAGAUGUUUUUCUUCAUCGGCCUCACCAUGGCCGUCAUACAGGGUGGCUAUGCCCGGCGCAUCAGCCCCGGCGGCGAAGUUGGAGCUGUGAAGCGGGCCUUGUUGCUGCUGGUGCCAGCCUUCCUCCUCAUCGGCUGGGGGCGCUCGCUGCCCGUGCUGGGCCUCGGGCUGCUGCUGUACUCAUUUGCUGCCGCAGUGGUGGUGCCCUGCCUGUCCUCCGUGGUUGCCAGCUACGGCUCAGCAGGGCAGAAGGGCACUGUUAUGGGCACGCUGCGGAGCCUGGGAGCCCUGGCCAGGGCAGCGGGGCCCAUGGUGGCUGCUUCAGUGUACUGGCUGGCUGGGGCCCAGGUCUGCUUCUCCCUGUGCUCCGGGCUCUUCCUCCUCCCCUUCCUCCUCCUGCGGAGGGUGAAGCUUCCCGCACAGAUGCCCAAGGCCCAGUAGCCAAACCCCACGCCUGCCCAGCAGGGCACUGGGUGCCAGGACCACUCCAGCCGCCGCCGCUGUCGCCGCCUUCUUCUGCGCCCACGGCCCCGGCCACUGCGGAGCCUCCACAGUUCUGUUCCUUGCCAGGGCCACGGUCUGUGUGUCUGAAGAACCAAUAAAGCAGCUGUUUUGUA